UACUAAUAGGGAUAUUCGUUGUCCGAUGGACAAAUCGCAAAGCCGGCAGUUGGCUGACAGUUUGCGUUUAGCGGGCGCUUCGUCUGCACGCCGAUAAUUCUUGCGGAAUUGCGCUAAGUCGCCAGUGUCUCGUUCCAUAUGCCCAUACACGUGUAACUAUUAACAGUGUCACUUUGGUACUAUAAACAAAGGACCAUAAUGAGUGGCUGACUCAUACUUAAAGUUCUUUAGUGCAAACAAGGCAAACGAUGUAUGAGAAGAGGACGUAUUUUAUUCAAUGUUCUCGUUAAUGAACUGUUUUUGUGUUCUGUGACGAUAACCCAGCAACUAUGGUUCUCCAAAAACAAUGCUGUACUGUUUUUGUAUAUGAUGAUGAGGUGUAAACAGACGUGGUAAGAGUCGGGCGAAAUGAAUUCGGACGUGCAUCGGCACCAGGCGCACCCGCCGCUUGCACAGCACGGCGUUCACGCGGGUGCGCAGAGCGUGGGCCCCUGCGGCUGGUACUCUGCGUCGGCGGCGCCCGCUCCCACUGCGCCGGCACGCCUCAAGCGCGCCCAGCCGCCGCACCAGUUGCCGUCCGGAGGUGGUGUGAGCGGCAGUAAUGGACCACACGCACCACUCUCGCCCACCGCAUUGCAAAAUUCCGUUCCACACAAUAAUUUAAUGUCAUCGUCGGUGCGGACGGCGGCUCCCUCUGGACCUGUAUCCAAUUCUAUGCAUACUUCACAGACAUCGCCAGUGGUGUCUAAAGGCGCUAGCGAUGUGCUGGUCAACUCGUCAGCAAUUCAGAAUCCACCAGCGGUUGGCACAAGACUCAUGAAUAUGACUCAGUGGCCGUGGCAUCAUGGUGCGAUAUCUCGGGAGCGAGCAGAGGCGUUACUCUCUGGCUCCCCGGACGGUGUAUUCCUGGUGCGAGAAAGCACCAACUUCCCUGGUGACCAUACACUCUGUGUACGAUUCCGCGGGCGCGUCGAGCAUUACCGAGUAAAAUGGGCAACAGUGCCAGAGAGUCAGAACCAACGUCUGACUAUAGAUGAUGAAGAGUUUUUCGACAAUAUGACAGAUUUAAUUCACCAUUACCUACAAGAUGCUGAUGGACUGUGUACAAAAUUGGUGCGGUGUCUGCCCAAAGCAGCGCCAAACGGUGCUAACAAUGGCUCGUUACCGCCAUAUCCACCUCACCCACAACAACCACCACCAUAUCCGCCCACGCCGAGCGUGUCGAGUGCACUCAGCUCGGGCCACUUCCAGCACACGUACUCGAGCCAGCCGCCCGCUGCCGCUCCCGCUCCCGCGCCCGCUACUGCUUCGACGAAUUGUACGGUACCAGUGUCUGCUUCCGCAGACCAGACCGACAGCGCUUUGCAACCACAGAAAUUCGUCGACGCACGCUGGCGAAUAGACGAACGAGAUUUGGAAAUACGGGAAAAUAUUGGGAAAGGCGAAUUCGGUGAUGUAAUGCUCGGAAUAUUGAACGGCACGCAAAAAGUUGCCGUCAAAAUAUUAAAGGACCGAGAGGCAGCCAGCAAGUUCCGCGCUGAGGCCAGUGUUAUGGCGUCUCUGAAGCAUGACAACCUGGUGCGUCUGCUAGGGCUGGUGUUCAGCUCCAACGGCAGCACAUGCAUAGUGACGGAGCACUGCGCACAGGGCUCACUGCUGGACUACCUGCGCAGCCGCGGCAGACACUAUGUCACGCAGCUCAACCAAAUUAACUUUGCUUACGACGCGUGCUGCGGCAUGGAGUACCUGGAGCGGCAGCGCGUGGUGCACCGCGACCUGGCGGCGCGCAACGUGCUGGUGUCGCACGAGGGCACGGCCAAGGUGGCCGACUUCGGCCUCGCGCGCACCGACCACGCGCUCGACGACCCCGCUGACGCCGCGCGCCUGCAGGCCAAGCUGCCCAUCAAGUGGACUGCGCCCGAGGCGCUCAAGUACAAUAAAUUUUCAAACAAGUCUGAUAUGUGGAGUUUCGGUAUUCUUCUUUGGGAAAUCUAUUCAUUUGGAAGAGUGCCGUAUCCGAGAAUUCCGCUGGCGGAGGUGGUGCGGCACGUGGAGCGCGGGUACCGCAUGGAGGCGCCGGAGGGCUGCCCGGCGGGCCCGUACGACGUGAUGCGCGCCGCCUGGCACGCCGACCCCGCGCAGCGGCCCACCUUCGCGCACACGCGCCGCUCGCUCGCCGCCAUCCGCGACGCCGCGCACCACCAGCACCAUCCGCAGCACCCGCAGCACCCGCAGCACCCGCCCCAUCCGUGAGUGCUAUAUGGUGCGUCAGCCGAGGACUGCAUAUGUUAAUAUAUAUUUUUUAGUUAAGUGAUGUGCUGUGAAGGUUGCGAACUAUAUUUUAUAUAUUACUCAAAAUGUAAGUACUAAAUUAUUUUAAUAUUUUAAAGACACUCCCUCGCUUAAGUAAUGUAGACUAAUUAGUGUAAAAUAUUGGUGUGUCGCGAGAAAAUUAUGUGAGAUGGUAGUAAAAUACACAUGUUAUUACAGGGCUUUUAGUUGUAAGUCCUUUAAAUUAGGAUUUCGACCCUGCGUUUUAGUAAUUUCAUGUUUAUUAUAGUAGGUCAAUUGAUGAGAGAUAAAUAAUAGUAGGCGGUUCAGACUAGAGUGGAUCAUCCCACAAUCAACGACAAUUGUCUCUCUUUGGCCACAGUGAUAAUAAGAGGUCAUACAUACAUUUUACCAGUGAAUUAGUUUAAUUAUAUAAUAGACGCCAUAAAAAAAUACAAAUUGAAUAUAAGUAUUAAUUUCAAAGAAUAAAUAUGUUGAUUCCCCCUAUGAGGCUAGUUCUACUAAAAGCUCUGUAUGUAUUGAUAUUUGUUGUUGGCCUAAUUUACGAAUUAUUCUUUAUGUAUCGUCAGGAUUCCACCCAAUAUGAACAUUGGUCGUGUGUCGGUACUAUGGUACUGUCUAGUCAAAGUAAAGAUGUUUUGUACGAUAAUUAGUUUUCAUAUUAUUUACAACAUUAAGGUGACUGAUAACAUAGGACUUAAAGAAUUACAUAAUGUAUUUAUGUCAGUAUGUAGGAAUUUAAACAUCGCUUGCUGAUGCAAUACACAAAGGUCUCUCAGAAUGGCCACAUAAAAGUUUAUAUCAUGAUCAUACACUUUUGUUAAACGGUGAAGACUAAUUUUGUAUUUAAAAAUAAUUCCAACAACAAUGUUACCCUGAUACAUCAUCAACAAUCAUUACUGCAAAGAAUGAGGUGUAAUAAAGCCAUGUUUUCAGUUUGAUGUAGAGGAAAAAAUAUAGACCAUUUUAAUAAAUAAAUCUUCAUUAGUACGUAAUGUAAUCCAAUACAUUGAUCAUGAUAAUAAGAUAACUUAGCCCUAAAAUAAUUCCAAGUUGCAAAUGCCAACUUUAAGGUUGUGUGUUAAUGUAAAUUAUAGUUACUUUAUUAAUAUUUCUCAUGAAAAAUAAGAAUUUAAUGAAUGUCAUGAAAUGUUCCAUAAUAUAAACGAUACCUACUUAAUAUAAUUACGUGCGUCUGAAAUAUGUAUGAGUGCACAAUAUGUAUGAAUUCACUGACAUUCAGUUUUAUUUAAAUGGAAUUAUAUUUAAUUAAAGCUAAAUAUAUUAUUCAAGGUAUAUGCAAAAGUCGAGAUGCUAAAGUAUGGGAAAACGCGGCUUAUUUUUUUUUAUUAAUAAGGGGCAUAUUACACUAAAAAAUCAUAAUUAUGUAUAUUGUCUAUAAUACAAACAAAAAUGACUAGCUGAUAUCUAAACAACAAGAUUAAUCCUUUGUAGUUUAGAACAUUUUACUAAUAUCUAAAAUGUAUCACUAGCAUGUAAAAUUGGCAAAUAGAAUUUGAUUCUAUAAAUUUCAUAGUGUAAUAUACCAAAAGCAUUUAUCUAUUUUUGACUGUAACUGCCGUCAUUAUAGUACCUAACUAUACUACACUUACUCGUAUUGCAUAUAUCAAGUUUAGUUUUACAAAAACCAAAUAGAAAUGUACAGUAAAUUGGAUGGAUGGACUAAGAACUGACAUAAAGGAUUUUAUUACAUUUUCUUAUUAUAAUUUCUAUACUAAAAUAAAUUGGAUGUCUAGUAUAGUGUAUGUUGUGGAUUCAGAAUGAUCGAAGGAUUAGAUUAUGAUUUUGAAUCUCACUUUUAUGACAAAAUGUAUUAUUAAAUUAUAACAGUAUAGUUGGUUGCGUAUCUCAACAUUGGUAAUCAAUGUGAGAUUAUACGGGCUUGUCCACAGAUUUUAUAUGAAAAAAUAAUUAGAAUAGAAAAUCCUAAAUUUAUAAUAUUUGAAAUAUUUACUUAGUCUAUGUUAUUAUUACGAUUUAGUGUUGUCUUAUAAUGCGGAAUUAAACAUUUUUAAAACACAAAUUUUGAAUAUUGUCAAUAUUAUAUUUAAAAUUUUCUCUUUGUCUUAUAUAUCUCUCCUUUGUUUUAAUUAAAAUUAAAUUUCGCACUCUAAAUAGAGCUCAUUUAAUAAAACUGUGCACUCGAUUUAAAGAAGCAACCAUAAACAUUGUUAAGGUGCCGAAAUAUUUUUGUCUAGUAUAUAUGGUAGAUAGCUUCAUAUUUACGAUAAGUAUUCGACCUCAUUCAUUGAUUAUUUUUUAAAUUAGAGACCAUUAUGUAUUUUUUUUUUGUAUUGGUUUGAUUUAUAAUAUUUUGUUAUUGAAUAAAAGUCAUUGAUUAUUGAAUUAUACUAAAAGCAUAUAAGACAACAUUUUUACGUUAUUUAAAAAGUCUGGUUCCAUGACCAUAAUUAUUAUGAAGAGAAUAUUUGUUUAUGUAAUGUAAUCUUAUGCAAUACUAGCUUUAAGUGUUAAAUUGUUUUUUACGGUUUAUUUAUGGUCAGCCUGCAAGUGGUGAGAAAUGAUCCACCCAACGGUCCAUUUCUUUUCUGCCAAAGUAUGUUUAAUAUAAUCUUUUAAAUAUUUUCACGUCUUCCUAUUUUCAUGAUUUUGUAGUUAUCAUAAAUAUAAACUUUGUGCUAGUCUCAAGGUUUCGUUUUAUUCAUGCGGACUGAUGUAUUUACAGUUGUAUUUUUUUAAUUAUAAAUAAGGAAAUGAAAAUCUCAGUUUUUGUUUAUAACUGUAACUAUUUUAUUCCUUCACUGUACAUAUGUGUAAUUUUAAAGUAUAAAAUGUAUAAAUAACAAAAUAUAAAUCUGCAACAAA